AUGGCAUCAGAAUCAUCUGUCACUUCAACAGCUAAUAAGAGGCCCAUGAAAACGGGAGAGACUAGCUCGACAACCAACAGUCUUGCAGCUGAUUCAGAAGCCGCAUCUAAAUCGACGCUGGCAACUGUGCAAGAUGAGAAACAGGUACCGACGUCUUUGAACACUGAAAAAGAUGGGGAUGAAAUACGCACUGUGUUUCAGGAUCCUGUCAAAUUUAAUGUGAAACAUCCAUUAUACAACGUGUGGACUUUGUGGUUUGACAACCCAGGUCACAAAGGCUCUGGAAGCGCGAAGGAGCGCCGCGAAACUUGGGGUGCUAACCUUCACAAGGUCGUGGACUUGCAAAGUGUCGAAGAAUUCUGGGGUCUUUACAACAACAUCGUGCCUCCAUCACUGUUGCCACAGAGUGCUAAUUACUAUCUCUUCAAGCAAGGUAUCCAGCCUGCAUGGGAGGAUCCUGCCAACGGUGGUGGUGGUAAAUGGAGUCUCCAACUUCCACGCGAAAAGCACCGUAACCAAAUUGAUAAACUCUGGCUCUAUACCAUGCUAUCCGCCAUCGGUGAGAUGCUUGAAACGCCUGCACCUGAUUCAAAACUGCCUGAAUCGCGUGACGACGAGAUUGUGACAGGUGUGGUCCUUCAGGCUCGUGCAAAUUAUUACCGUAUUUCUGUUUGGACGAGGUAUUCGGACGAGUGGGAUACUGAACUUCCAGAAGGUUCAGAAGCAUCUGAGUCACUCAUGAGGGGCCGGCGACUUAUUGGGCUGGGUCGCUUCUUCAAGACCGAGGUUUUGGGAUACCCUCUCGAUGCUAAAGUAGGCGGCGGUUUUUCGUCUGAGGUCGAAUUCCAAAGCCACAAGGACAGCGAGAAAAAGCGCGGCAAGCGAAGUGUGACAUAA